AUGGGUGUGAGACAGAUAGAGAAGUGUGCACCCACAGAUAUUAUUCGAACUAUUCGGGACCCAGAGAAGCCCAACACUUUAGAAGAACUGGAAGUGGUAACAGAAAGCUGUGUUGAAGUACAUGAGAUAAAUGAAGAUGAAUAUCUGGUUAUAAUCAGGUUUACUCCAACAGUACCUCAUUGCUCUUUGGCUACUCUCAUUGGGCUUUGUUUACGAAUAAAACUUCAGAGAUGUUUGCCUUUUAAACACAAGUUGGAAAUCUACAUAUCGGAAGGUACGCAUUCCACUGAGGAAGACAUCAACAAGCAAAUAAAUGAUAAGGAGAGAGUAGCAGCUGCAAUGGAGAAUCCAAACUUGCGUGAAAUUGUGGAGCAGUGUGUCACAGAACCUGAUUAGCGGCUGCAGAAACCACAGAGCUAUGAUUGUUUUGAUACAUUUGUUUUAAUAUCUUUGUAAAACCUUAAGGCCUUGUGCUUAAUACUUGAGUUCUUUAUAUCUGCUGCAUGUUUUUUUUAAGGGAAAUCAUUUAUAUAACAGAUUUAAAUUAUAAGGAGGUAAGUUGCAGGAUAUAAAAUUAAAUGAAGUGUGUAAUUUUAAGAAUUUGUAAUAUUUGGUGUUAACAGAGAAAUAUUUUAUUGAGUUAUUAAGAGCCAGCUGUGUUGCCUUCUGAUGCACAUCGUGAUAUAAAACCAAUUUUGCAGGUUAAGUUUCCACUCUGUUCAAGUGGAACAUUUCAAUCACUACGCUGUAAAAACCCAUAAAUAAAUAUAGAUUCUUAUAAUGAAAA